AGGUGUGUUUGCAAUUCUCUUUUUAUUACACAAAGUACGAAGGGCAAGGAGAGACGGAGGGAGAGCGAGAGAGAUAUAAAAAAAAAAUAAAUAUGGGUGUCGUGGCGCAAGAAAGAAUCAACUCGAUGAGGACCGGCGAAUUGACGAAAUGGAUCAGCAAGGUAAAGAGCAAGAAGAGGGUGAACAGGAGCAAUGGCGAUUGCAAUUUAUAUAUCCACGCCGUUCUGGCCAACGCCCUUGCUGUGGCCGAGGUGACGCUUUCCGAGAAGCGACGCGAGCGUCAGAUGCGCUGGUACAACAAACGCUCAGAGAUGGCGCUGGACAUGUUGAUAGCCAGCGCCUCCAAUCAAUUGUCGCCGACAACUGAUAGUUGUGUGCCGCAACCGCCGACGACUCCACCGCCCAUGCAACCACCUUUGCCCGCGUCCGUUCUUGUAUACAAGGACAGCGAGGAACUCUCGAGUUUAGACAACUUCAUGAACCAGCUGAAGAAGGUCAAAUGCGUACCGCGUUUCGCGCAGCAGUGACAAACCAAGAGGAGAAGACGUUUCUGUUCGAUGCAUCGGAUACACAAUUUCUAAACUGAAAGAGAUGUGAUUCCUGAAAAUUAUCGACUAUCUGUGAUAUUUAUAUUAUAAACAUUUAUGAAUUGUGUAUCAUUUUUCCGAGAGCUGUGAUAUUAUGUAGAAUUUUUUC